CCCUACCCCUCCCUCUUCGACAGUCCCAAUCUCUUCUCGAUCUCUCUGGCGAUGUCUGGGGUAGAGGGCUCAACGACUCCGCAGGCGCAGCUGAGGAUUCCUGCGUUCCAGGGUUCUCAGAUCCUCCGCGCGCCGCCAAACCGCCACUUCCCGCCCUUCGCUCCUUCUCAAUCCUUUGAUCACCGGAUCUUCCCCGAUCCCCGCGGGAAAUCUCCUAUCGCCUUCGAUAAGGACGUGAUCUCCGUUGCCGGAGUCUCAUGCCCGAGAUCCACCGCUCGCCCAUUUAACGGCGAUCUAGAACAAAAAUGCAAAGUUGAUGAUCAUGAUGUGAAGGGCCGUAAAGCAGUGGUAAUUAAGAAAGAGGUAAAGGAUGAAAUUGACAACCAUACAACCCCACCUGGGUCAGGCACAGGUGGUAAACGCCACAGGAAAUCAAAGGGUUCAAAGCAAAGGAAACUCUCUCAACAACCUUCUGAAGUGGCUGAUGUGAUCCCUCCUAAUGCUUUGGGUUCUUCUAGCAAUUGUCGUUAUGACAGUUCUCUAGGGUUGCUAACAAAGAAAUUUAUUAAUUUGCUCCAACAAGCUGAGGAUGGAACACUUGAUUUAAACAAAGCAGCGGUUGUUUUGGAUGUUCAAAAGCGUAGGAUAUAUGAUAUAACAAAUGUUCUUGAAGGAGUGGGGCUAAUCGAAAAGAAGUUGAAGAAUAGAAUACACUGGAAGGGAGUUAAUAUGACAAGGCCAAGAGAGCUGGAAGAUCAAGUAUCUGCUUGGAGGUCUGGCGUCGACACUUUACGUGCUGAAGACAGCCGACUUGAUGGCUUGAUAAGUCAAAUGCAAGAGAACCUACGACUUCUGAAGGAAGAUGAAACCAACAGAAAAUGGCUGUAUCUCACAAAGGAGGAUAUCACUAGCAUCCCAUCCUUUGAGGAUGCAACUCUUAUUGCGAUAAAAGCUCCGCAUGGGACCAGCCUUGAAGUUCCAGAUCCAGAUGGGGGUAUUGAAUUUCCGCAUGGACGGUACCAAAUUCUACUGAGGAGCUCAAUGGGUCCGAUUGACUGCUACUUGCUAAGCAACCAUGAAGAGAGGCUCGACUCUUCAAAUGCUGUGCAACAACCAGAAGUUGAAGUGUGUUCCCCUUCUGCUGAUGGAGAUGGGCAGGGGAUAUCUGAACAAGCUACCACUGCUGUUCCAAAUGCCUCUUCUAAUUGUGGUUGUGGUGGCAUUGUCAAGAUUGUGCCAUCAGAUGUUGAUAUGGAUGCUGACUACUGGCUAUCAUCAGAUGUUGGUAUCAGCAUGACGGAUACAUGGAGAACAUGAGGACAUUACUGCAACUUACCCGUUGUAUGUCUGUUGUUAUGUACCUGACAGCCUUCACGAAAAGCAGAGGUAUCAACUGGGUUGCUCAACCUAUGGCUGCAUAGGCAAAGAAUUCAACAAAGAAAGGAGGGGAAAAGAAAGAUGUGCAGAGGCUAAAUGGGUCCCUCGGGGUGGAGCGAAUUCUAUUUCAAUUUUCCUCACUCGCUCCUCUCAUUAAAAAUGUGAAUUUGUAUAGUUGGUGCUCCUUGUGCCUCAUAUUCUAUCCAUCAUUAAAUAAGCAAAUAAUAAUAAUAAUAGUUGUAUGGCUUGAUUAGGGCUUACAAGCUCAUGCUCAUGCAACAAGGCCCCUGUUGUCUCAA